AUGAUCAAUAUUCAACUAGAGGAUUUGCAGAAAAAUUUCUUGAGUUGUACUUUGUGGAAUCAAUAUGCUGAUCAAUUGACAGAAUAUUUAUCUAAUCAUCCAAAUUGUCAAGUUUUUAUUGCCAUCCAGUAUGCAAAAAUCAAGACUUUUCAUGGUGUUGUUGGAAUAUCGAGUUCCCUAUUUGUGACUGGACUCCAUAUAAAUUCUGAAAUUGCAGAGAUAAAUGAUUUUAAAAAGAGAUUUGGGAGUGAAGGAAAGACUUCUUCAGAAAUGGUGGAACAAAUAAGUAGUCACAUCUCUCAGAAAAAUGAAAACGAGUUCCUGAAAAAACCGGAGAGGAAACAUGUUGAUGAGAUUCUUGAAAUGCAGGAGGUUUGCAACUGUGUGACAUUAGCCACAAUCGACUCUAUUGAGCUUGAGAAUGGUUGGUUCUACCUUGCAUGUAAGAAAGACUACAAGAAAGUUCAAGAUCAAAAAAUUGAUGAGCUAACGAAGUUUUGGUGCGAAAAGUGCAAUAAUUAUGUAGAUCCUGUUCCAAGGUUCAAACUUCAAGUAAGGGUGAUGGAUGAAUUAGGAAGUGCUUCGUUUGUUAUUUUUGAUCGCGAGGUGGUACAAAUCUUAGGAAAGUCUGCAUUACAUAUAAGAGAAUGCCAAAUUAAGGAUGGCAAUAAGGAUGACAAUGACGAUUCAGUGCCUAAAGAUUUAAAAGAACUACUGGACCGGAAGUUUUUAUUUAAAGUUAAAGUUACAGAUUAUAACCUUAAGCAAAGCUGCCCAUUAUUCACAGUAACAAAGAUGUCUGAUGAUGUAGACCUUAUAAAGACAUUCCAAGAUGUAGAGGGUCCUAAGGAGGUUAUGGAGCAUGAAGAACAACUAGAUGUGACUUCAAAACCUGUCAACCAUUUCAAGGAUACUAACACAGAGAAGAAUGUACUCAACAAUGACAAUGAGAAUAUGGAUGACAAUUGUGAGGAACUUUGUAUCACUACAAACCAUAAAAGAAGCUUUGAAGAGUUGGGGUGCACAAGCUCGGAAGGGCAUAUUACAACAUCUGAGUUUUCUACUAAUAAAACUCAGCGAAAGAUUGUCGUCAAAAAAGAGAAGGACUAAAGUUACUGCUGGAACAAUUAAGAGUAUUUAUUUUCAUUUGUAGUAUUAUUAUUCUGCUGUUUUUUUAGGUUUAAAGCUUUUUAUGUAUAAAAGUUUAAUUAUAAAAGUUUUGAUUUUUAUGUAUAUCGUUCACAAA